AUGGAUUUCUCCCUCGAGGAUACACAGAACUCGGCUCCCGGAUUAUCCAACAUGGCUGAACAACAGAAGCUCACCGUCGCUCCGAGGAAGGCGGACACUCAGAGUGUCACCAAACGACUUCAGUCAGAACUCAUGACUCUCAUGAUGUCCCCGACCCCAGGAAUAUCUGCUUUCCCCGAUGCAGACGGCAAUCUAUUGCACUGGACCGCAACCGUCGUUGGGCCCAAAGAUACUCCCUACUCCGACCUCAAUCUCAAACUUAGCUUUGAUUUCCCCGGGAACUAUCCCUAUGCACCGCCCACAGUGCUGUUCAAGACCCCAAUCUAUCAUCCUAACAUCGACUUCAGCGGGAGGAUAUGUCUGGACAUCCUCAAGGAUAAGUGGAGCGCAGUUUACAAUGUCCAGACUGUCCUUCUGAGCUUGCAGAGUCUGUUAGGUGAACCCAACAAUGCCAGUCCCUUGAACAACGAAGCCGCCCAGCUCCACCAAAAAGAUCCCGAGGAAUACCAACGGAAGGUCCUGGCUCGACAUCAGGAUAUCGAUGAAUGA